CUUAAGUCCCCCAGUGUCGAGUCCUUUAUUCGGGCAUCAACAACAAGCAAUUCAGUGAAAUGUCUCGCUGUGUAUUUGAACCUCACAAAUGCAUGUCAAACGCUGGACGAUGUAAGCAAAGUAAAGGCUCAAGUCCCCAAGAUAGCUCUUGUCACCCUUGUGAAUGAAUCUACACGUACGUUACAAGAGCUUGCCGGAAAUGUACAGAAUGCAGGUUAUUCUGUGCUGAUAUAUUUUGCCGCAUCUUAUGCCAUAGCGACAGUGAACAACAGUAAGAACGAAGUGUUAAUUCCAGUGGCAAUUGAGGACAUGACGGGACCGUGGACUGAUGAUUCAUGGUAUUCAACACUUUCGAAUGCAGAUCUAACUUAUGUUGAAAUUUUCGCCUAUACAGAUGAACUGACGAAAAUGAAAUCUUACUUAAAGAGACUAUAUUUUUGGUUUCUUAUUGGCCCUUUAAUUACACUCGAGUGGAUAAGGCGUACAAGGAAAUUUUGUUGGAUGUCUGACAGUCAAGAUGAUCAACGAGAGGCGGAAGAGCGAACAACUGAAAACGAAAGUGAAAUUCGAACCAUGGAAGAAGGUGAAAAUGGAACUGAGGAGUCACGUCAACUUUUGCCCCCAAAUUACCAAGGCUCUUCUGUUAACCAAAGAAGCUGCGAGGAACAACCGUUACUUGACGUUGAAUAUACAAGACAACCCCGACGCAUUGGAAGGGUGAAAAGUUUGAAAAAGUUCAUUUACAAAGGGGUAUUGUGUUUUUCUUACCUAAUACUUAUCAUUGCAGCUCUUCCGAUUGGAAUAUCUAUUGGAGGUUACUCGUUUUUUAGAUUUGAUCACAGUGCAUUCCCCGUGUCAGUUUUAAGAGGUUCCGGAGUAAUAUCCUUCCUCUCCGACCUGCAACAAAAAUUAUGCCGCAUGGACUUAUACGGAUGUAUUGCGUUUCUUCUAAUUGUUUUUCUGUGGUCACCUAUUCAGAUAUUUUAUUUCUUACUGUACAGUCGGUUAGCUUGUACUUCCACUUGGGUUGUUCCUAUCAAUGUUUUAAAACUUAUUCGUAGCGACUGGUUUGCUUCAAAUAUUUCUUUGCUGGUUUUAGCUGUAGUGGUCCCUUUAUGUACCUCAACAUACAAUUUUGUCGCUUUCGCAGGUUACAACACCGUUUGCACAAUGUGUAAUCUGCUUUUCGUAAUCAUUUUAAACAAGCACAAGUUUGUCACGCGUUACGUUUUCUACAUAAGCGUGUGUAUGAUUUUUGCGUAUCUGGAAAGCAGCAUCGUUGCCGUGUUUUAUUUUGUUCUCAAUUCCGAAGGAUCCUUAAACAACUUAAAACUAACUGCCCUUCGCACUGUGGCGAUCGGACUUACUUUGAAAGUGAGUUUCAGUUCUUCCAUGCACAUCAUACGGAAACUCAAUAAGCCGGUAGAAUCGCUGUUUGAGGGACUUUCGGAGACGUAAACCAACCUUCCCAAGUUUUAGUGGUUGCGUUCUCCGGCGUCUACGGUUUUACUGAAAACUGAAACAACGGUUUGUGAAGUGAUCAUGGUGCAUAGUAUAAAAAUAAAGUUAAAUCAGAAGAGCCAAAGAAAGUUAGGAUACUAUAGAAGUAAAUUUUGCUCUGACAUGUGUACAGCGAUCAAAUGCGCCGGCUUAUUGGGCGGUUGUAAUUACUAAAUUUAAUCAAUCGAUUUCCAAUCAAGAGCCGUUAAAGCAUACAGUCUAACCUCUCCUUACGGACACCUCUAUUAUAUGGACAGUUCGUUCGGUCCUCGAAAUGCCAAAAAUGAUACCGUUCCCUACAUCUAUAAUACGGACACCUCUGUAAAGCGGACACUUGGUUCUGUCCCUUUGGUGUCCGUAUUAAAGAGGUUUGACUGUGUUUUAGAAGACCUAAAAGGGUCCAGCUUCAGUUCCUAACUCGGAGCCUUUCAAGGGGCCUUUUUAGCUUGUAUGGUUUGUUAACCCAUUUCAUGCCACGUGACGUUACCCCAUAGAAUUGUUUCUUUCAAAUUUCUUUAAAUAACCGCAUAUGUAAGUACAAUUUAUGAAAGAACCUAAAGAACAUCACGUGACCUGAAGAGGAAGCAAAGCAUACAGACCAAAAAGGUGUCUGUUUUCCAUGAUUAUAACCAACCAUUUCCGACUCUCAGCGCUCCCCCGGAAAGCCUGUUCCAGGCUCCGAGAUUGUCGGGUCCGUGAAAUUGAGAAAGUGCGAACACUAUGGGAGAGCCUGGAACAGGCUAAGCUCUCUCGGCUCUGACUCGUGCCCGUUUUUCUCCAUUUGGAUCGCAAACGCGACCGAAGAAGCGCGAGGGGUGAUGGGAAGGAGGAAACGAAAGGGCACAUGACGGCAAGGUACUUCUUGGUCAAAUAGGCCCGAUGAAAUGGCCCAUUUUCCAAGUUUCAAAUUUCACCUUAGUCCUCCAUUAAUCAUCCGCCAUCUUGAAAGCGGAUCUGCCAGUAACUAUUGAUUGGAAAAGAGUUUACUUGCUAUCUUUCUUAGCGUAUAGCGUUAGAAUCCAAACUUAUGGAAUUUCAGUUCAAAAUGAACUAUAUUGCGGAAUUUUAAUACAAACGAGAAACUUUUUAGUUUUGACGUGGUUGAAUCAGAUAAAUGUGCUUUCUGCCAAACUGAGGUUGAACCAUCGAGCAUUUACUCUUUUCCUGGAAAGCAUCUCUGAUUUUGAAAACAUGCCUUGAAGAUUGUCGUUUUUCUCUUUGUAACUGUAUUAGAAGGUAAUUAGUUUAUAUCAUCUUAUAUCUAUGUUAAACCAUACAUUUGUCUAGUUCUAUUUUUUCUCUUGCUGUAGUCGUAUAUUACUGAUUAGGCAUUGUUUUUAUAUGUGUAUUUUGUAUUGUUGUGAAGGCCAGAAGUUAGAUAACUCAUUGGCUUAUUACGUCACCUUCGUUAAAUAAAGAAUAUUGUAUUGUAUUGUCCUGGUUGCAAGAUGAUAAUAUGAUUGUUGAGAACUUAAAAAAAGAGGAUUCAAUCUUCGAUAAAUUUGAUGUUAAAGAAGUUAAUCAAUCACGGCUUACUACUUGGGAAGUAUCAAUAUAUUUAUUAACAAAAAUGUCAAAAGGGUAUGCCCUCCCUUCAGUGAUUCAUUUCCAGGACUAGGCGUAUUUACCAACUUUGAACUUUAUAUUGCCAGGAAAAAGGGCCAUCUAAGUAACUGGGAAAAGUUAAUCAAUCGUCUUAACAAUUGAAUAUUGUAUUUGAAUGUAAAGAUGUUGUAUUUUCUAUAGACUUAGAUAAUGGUUUGCUUGUUUGUGCAGUUUAGGUUUAGGUAGUAGGUGUGACUAUUUGCUAUUUUUAUUUCUUUUAUUUGGUUUUAUUUCUUUUUGUUUUUGUUUUUCCUUGUUAGAUUCAGUAAGUGUACUCUGUAAAAUGAAAAUUCCAAAUAAAAACUAAAAAAUAGCGAAAAAAGAAAGAAAAGAAGAAAACACAGGAUCUACCAGUGGUCUCCUGUCUUUCCUCCUUCCCAUCACCCUUCUGUGUCCCCUGCGCUUCUCUCGUGAAUAUCAAUAGGAGACCGAGAGAUGACUGGGAACGAGCCAAGGCUAAGCAGUAAGAAAAAGGGUUCAUUUGUAAAAGCUGAAUAUGCCACUGAUACGAAAUGUCGUGGAUAGUAACUGUUGUUUUCAUGAUGUACAGCGUGAGUAUGAGGGUUCGAGUGGAGUUCGACAGCGCUUUUUAUAAUACAUAUAUUUUGAAGACAAACAUAACUGUAAUGUAUAGUAUUUGUUAAAGAAGGAGCCCGGGGAACACAGUCCCCAUGUUACUCUGUGAUAAAAUAAGACCUGCAGGGCCGUGAAAAAUACUUUUAGGCCUGUCCCCCUUAUCAGAAUGUUUGUAAUUCUUUGUGACCUUCAGGUCUUGAACAAGUCUAACAUAUCAUAAAUGCUGUUCGUCUUAGGUCAACGAAGCUUGAUUAGAAAUAAAACGCAAACUACGGUGACAAACUUGAGGGGUACAGAUUUCACCUCCCCCGUGACUACUCGAGGAGGAAUCAUGGAAGUUCCCGCGUGUAUAAGAAAUUAGAAAGUACGAAUAUAAGAAAAAGGAUUGUUUGUAGUAUGCGAAGCGUUCCCAAUUUGAUGAUGGGUAGUGGGCAAGUUUGGUACUGGCUAGGUUUUAGUAAUUUUGUCGCCAGAAUUGGUUAUUAACCAGAAACAAUCUGUUAAGUCUUGUGUGUGUUACUUGUGUAAAAAAGGUGAAAGGUGAAGCAACCUUAUUUUAUGUCUUUAUUUCUUUAUUUUCUUUAUUGAUAAAUAAGUACUCAAAGCACAAGUUAACGAUAAUAAGAUGCCAAAGCCAGAGGCUUAUAUGGCGUAGGUCAGAGAGUUACAAUGUGCUGCUAAGUUUCAAUGAGAAUAAAUAAUUAAUUACAAGAUUUACAAAGAAAAGGCAAACUAAUACAACAUAUAAGGAAUUGUUACUGCGUAUAAAGCAAAAUAAACAUAACAAUUAAUGAUAGUGUGCAAAAAGUAAUAAAGAAAAGAGUUUGAAGGUAGAAAAAUUUGAGUUCAACUUAGUUUAAACUUAUAAUGAUUGAAAAUAAUCUCUCAGUUUAUGUUUAUAACUAGAAAGAGUAAGUGAAUUACGAAGUGAGAGAGGAAUGUCAUUCCAAAUUUGAGGAUAACUCAUGACAGUAAUAACUGACAAACUCGAGGUCGGACGGUGCGCCGGCUCAUUAUAACCACCCCCUACCAUCAAUGCUCUGUUUUAAGGGUAUUUAAAGCUAGUCAAAGCUACUCAGAAAGGAGAGAAGUUGAAGUAAGAAUGUUAUGUCACCGGGCACCGAACUCGGAUAACUCUUAACCUCCAGCACCGAAGGCUGCGCACUAACCAACUGUGCUGUGCCGCCCUUGCUCCCUUGGUGUGUGACUGGGUGUGACGUAAUACAAUAUGUUUGUUCUGAUUGGACGGAAUAAAGCGUUCGCGGGAAUUUGAGCGUCUAAAAGUAAAAAGAUACGGGCAAAGUUUGUCUCCUAGGGUUUAUAUGGGAAAUUAACACUCCAGGUCAUGGGCUCCAGCACCGAUGCUCUGCUCCUCCUAAGAUCGAGGCUCCCGCUGGGUAUUCCAAUAAAAACAGCAAUAAUCUUUUCCUCCCAUAAUCCCCAACGCUCUUUCUUUUUUUCUCUCUCCCCGGGCUCCCUAGGACACAAAGGGGCUUUGCGGAGGAGGGAGACACGGAUAAACCUAAUCUUCAUUCAAUCUUAAUUAUAAACUUUCAAGUUCAUUUUCUUCUAUUAAAUUCAUGUAAUCAUAAUAAUCCAUACACAUUCUUCAUAGUAUUUAAAAUUUCUUUAGAGUAUUUUUGGAUGUUUUGCGGUAUCAUAACUGUUUCAUUUAAAUUAUUUUCUUUAAAUUCAAUUUUAUAUUUUUGUAUAUCAAUUCAAAUCAAAUAUUUUAUUUUCUACAUUUAACGAUAAAAAGCAACGCUAUUAAAACAUGACGUUUCGGCAACGACGUGUCCCCAUUAUCAAAUGCAAAUGAAAGUAUAUAUAGGGAACGAAGGUGUGAAACACAAGUUUAAUAAAUUUGAAGAACAAAAGAAUGAAAUAAUUAAGUCAGUGGUAUUUAUAUUGGUAUUUAAAAAAAAAGUGUUUCUGGGAAACCCCAAACUACGAAAGCCAAGGAGGGUCUUCCGACUUCUGACUUCCGACUUCCGAUUUCCGACUUCCGACUUGCCACUUCCAACUUCCGACUUCUAACUUCCGACUUCCGACCUGACUCCUCUGUCAGGCUCAAUUGCCGCUCGAUCCGCCACGCGGGUAUUAAUGCUUAAGGUCAAGGCUCAGUAGAAGGAACGGUUGUACCGAUCUAGCCACAAAAGAGCGUGACAACUAAAGUUGCUCUUGUAAAAGCAACUAAACACAAAGCCAAUCAGGCAACUGAUGAGGUUCGCUUGGGGAACCGAAACCAUGGUCUUGCCUGAUCACAAAGUGGCAACAUUGAUAACAAAACAGUCCAAACGCUGUUAAGCUUAUUAAAAUGCUAUAACCAAGUAAGGAAAUACGCGGUCCAGUCAAAAGACUCACAUUUUCUUUAGAAAAACCCUAAGCAGGAAUCUACUGAGUCACAAUGCAAUUCUCCAUAGUUGAUGCAGCUUCAUUUUAAGCUGCACUUCAUUCUUAUCACUUUGGAUCUGUAAAUCACUAUCCGUGAUAAUUUAACAUUCUGCAAAGAAAACUAACGAGCUGGGCCCAGCGUGAUACAGCAUUGCAUGUUCACGGACUAAAAACAGUCACAUAGUUAUUCAGGUCCAGAAGGCACUUUGGAGAAAAUUAGAGCCCUUACUCGGCCGUAAUAAAAAGCUUUAAAGAAUAUGCUCUUGCAUAAGAGGGCAAAUCCUGCCGACCAGAAACAAAAACUACAGUAAAUCGAUAUGUGUGCCAUGACCUCUCAAUGUGAAAUAGGCGGCUUAACCAGAACCUUCUACAGCAUAAUCUACCCAGCAGCAGGAAAAAAAAAAGGUUUUGGAACAAGCAGCAUUUUAGUAUAACGUAAAAGUCAUGCAGGCUUACCACCGCCUUUCAUUGCUACAGAAGUUGGAAGUAGGAAGUCGGAAAUCGGAAGUCGGAAGUCGGAAGUCGGAAGUCGGAAGACCCUUCUCGGGUAAACAUAAUGCUCAAACAACAUCUUGUUCUCGUUACAAAGAUGUCGGGAAAGUGCUUCGUAAUCGGCAGCUGCAUUUGCUUCCUAGUCGUAUCCUUUAUUAUUUUAUCCGCAGGUGUAGGUUUUCUAUUGUUAUAUAUGGGCAACCUGUAUGACAGCAUGCCGAACGUUUUUGACAAUGGAGAAUUUGUCUUGAUUCUGUGGCCAGUGCAGGGGGAGACGAGAUUUCGUCAUUACUCUAAUAACUCUUAUUCAAAGGAACUUACAGCUGAACUUAAGUCCCCCAGUGUCGAGUCCUUUAUUCGGGCAUCAACAACAAGCAAUUCAGUGAAAUGUCUGGCUGUGUAUUUGAACCUCACAAAUGCAUGUCAAACGCUGGACGAUGUAAGCAAAGUAAAGGCUCAAGUACCCAAGAUAGCUCUUAUCACCCUUGUGAAUGAAUCUACAUGUACGUUACAAGAGCUUGCCGGAAAUGUACAGAAUGCAGGUUAUUCUGUGCUGAUAUAUUUUGCCGCAUCUCAUGCCAUGGCGAUAGUGAAGAACAUAAGUAAGAACAAAGUGUUAAUUCCAGUGGCAAUUGAGGACAUGACGGACCAGCCGCCUGAUUAUUCAUGGUAUUCAACACUUUCGAAUACAGAUCUAACUUAUGUUGACAUUUUCGCCUAUACAGAUGAACUGACGAAAAUGAAAUCUUACUUAAAGAGACUAUAUUUUUGGUUUCUUAUUGGCCCUUUAAUUACACUCGAGUGGAUGAGACGUACAAGGAAAUUUUGUUGGAUGUCUGACAGUCAAGAUGAUCAACGAGAGGCGGAAGAGCGAACAACUGAAAACGAAAGUGAAAUUCGAACCAUGGAAGAAGGUGAAAAUGGAACUGAGGAGUCACGUCAACUUUUGCCCCCAAAUUACCAAGGCUCUUCUGUUAACCAAAGAAGCUGCGAGGAACAACCGUUACUUGACGCUGAAUAUACAAGACAACCCCGACGCAUUGGAAGGGUCAAAAGUUUGAAAAAGUUCUUUUACAAAGGGGUAUUGUGUUUUUGUUACCUAAUACUUAUCAUUGCAGCUCUUCCGAUUGCAAUAUCUAUUGGAGAUUACUCGUUUUUUAGAUUUGAUCACAGUGCAUUCCCCGGGUUUUUGAGAGAUUCCGGAGUAAUAUCCUUCCUCUCCGACCUGCAACACAAAUUAUGCCAGACGGACUUAAACGGAUGUCUUGCGUUUGCUAUAAUUGUUUUUCUGUGGUCACCUAUUCAGAUAUUUUGUUUCUUACUGUACAGUCGGUUAGCUUGUACUUCCACUUGGGUUGUUCCUAUCAAUGUUUUAAAACUUAUUCGUAGCGAC